AUGGAGAGCUGCAUGGAUUUCCAGGCGGCUGCGCCCUCCGCCGCGGAUCUCGGCAGAGAUGAGGCCCCGGAGCCACCGGCCAUGGACACAGAGGAAGGGCCUGCGGUGCGGCCUGGCGCCCCUGAGCUCCCUGUGGGUGACGGGCAGCCGGAGGGGCCCCCCUUCGUCACCCUGCCUCCUGGCUGCAGCACCGGGCAGGAGCUGCCUGUCCCCCAGGGCCAGCGGAGGGGGCUGGGGCCCGGCUCGGGGCCUGCUUCAGCCUCGGACCUCAAAGGAGGUGGGGGUGGACAAACUGAGCUUUGCCGGGACUUGGGAAGAGAGAUGGAAAAGGAGGCGCUGACCGUGGGGCCACAGGGCUCCACCCACUGGAGACCCAGCGCCGGGAGCACCCCUCGGGAUGCAGGACACCCCCGAGCCCCCAGCAGCAGCGACCCAACGGGCAUGGAGUUGGACGAGGCCCCUGAGGAUGAACCCUCAGAGAUCCAGGGCCUGCUGGCCCAGCUCGAGACCCUCGACCCCAACCUCUGUGACCACUCACCCACCUCAGAACAGGGCCCACUGCCCUCCUCGAGCGCUGGCACAGCUCCUCUGGCAGGGGAGCAGGCCGGGCAGAGCCAUGGGGAGUGCCAGGGCAAGUGCCGGCCCUGCCCGCUGCAUGUGGCCAUGGGCCGGGGCCUGGAGACACGGCCCUGCUGUGCCCAGCACUCAGCCUGCUCCCGGCCCUGCCAUGGCCUGCUCUUUGCUGAGGCCGACCGGGAGGACUUGCUGAGCCUCCUGUGCUACGAGGGUGGACUGCCUGAGGCCAGCACAGAGACACCCUUGGCCCGCUCCGAUGUCCUGGCCGGGACGAACCUGGAGAUGCUGCAGGCUCCGGAGGAACUGGCCACUGUGGAGAAGCCUGAAGGGCUGGGGAGGCCAGAGAGCUCAGAGGAAGGACCUUCCAGCAGCUGGUAUUGUGGAGAGGGGCUCUGCGAGGUCGACUCUGCCUGUGAAGGCAAUCAGGACAGUUCCCCGGAGCCAGCCUGGGUGGCCCUGCCUCCCACUCCCACCCCAGAGGCACAGCAGCCACCCCAAGGCGGCAUGACCAACAGGGAAUCCCCAUCCUCCUGCCCAGCCUUCAAAGAGGUUCCAGGCCCUUGUGACCCGGAGGAUCUUCUGGACGGCGUGAUUUUUGGGGCAAAGUACCUGGGCUCCACGCAGCUGGUCUCGGAGAGGAACCCCCCGACCAGCAUCCGCAUGGCACAGGCCCAGGAGGCGGUGGACAGGAUCAAGGCGCCGGAGGGGGAGUCCCAGCCCAUGACGGAGGUGGAUCUGUUUGUCUCCACACAGAGGAUCAAGGUGCUCACGGCUGACACGCAGGAGGCCAUGAUGGAUCACUCCCUCCAGACCAUCUCCUACAUUGCUGACAUUGGCUCCCUCGUGGUGCUCAUGGCACGCCGGAAACUGCCUCGGCAGUCGGAGGUGGCAGAAGAAAAGCGGCUCUACAAGAUGAUCUGCCACGUCUUCCACUCGGACAAUGCCCAGAUCAUCGCUCAGGCUAUCGGGCAGGCAUUUGGUGUGGCCUACCAGCGCUUCCUGGAGGCCAACAGCAUCGACCCAAGCAAGCUGAGCCCUCGCCAGUACAGCCGUGCCCUCGAGGACCAGGAGCAAUACAAUGCAGAGCUGACCCACUUCUCCCGGCAGGAGAACUGCAAGGACGUCUGCAUCCGGAAGCAGAAGGGGGAGAUCCUGGGCAUCGCCAUCGUGGAGUCGGGCUGGGGCUCCAUCCUGCCCACAGUGGUCAUCGCCAACCUGAUGCACGGGGGCCCUGCGGAGAGGUCAGGCGAGCUGAGCAUCGGGGACCGCCUCAUGUCCGUCAACGGGACGAGCCUGGUGGGGCUGCCCCUCACCACCUGCCAGAGCAUCAUCCGGGAGCUGAAGCACCAGACAGAGGUGACGCUGAACAUCGUGCACUGUCCCCCUGUCACUACGGCUGUCAUCCGGCGCCCUGACUCCAAGUACCAGCUGGGCUUCUGUGUUGAGAACGGCGUGAUUUGCAGCCUGAUGCGCGGGGGCAUCGCAGAGAGAGGUGGUAUCCGUGUGGGGCACCGCAUCAUCGAGAUCAACGGGCAGAGCGUGGUGGCAACGCCCCACGAGAAGAUCAUCCAGAUCCUCACGCAGGCAGUCAGCGAGGUCCACAUCAAGACCAUGCCGGCCUCCACGUACCGCUUACUGACCGGGCAGGAGCAGCCCAUUUUCCUCUGAGCUGCUGGCCGUGCCCAGCUGUCACUGCAUGUGCCUGGGGCCAGG